ACUCUGAGAUGAUAGCCCCUGCUGCUGAGACCGUCGCCGCGGCCUCAGCGCAGCCACGUCAGGGUAAGGGCCGCCGGCCCAAGGGGGGGCGUGGCGGAGGGAAGGGUGGCGGGGGUGGUGGGGGUGGCGGAGGUGGCGGAGGUGGCGGAGGUGGUGAUGGGGACGGUGGGGCAGACGAGGGGACCAGGGCUGAUGCCCCGGGGCAGCAGCACGAGCAGCAGUAGCAGCCGUGGGGACCCCCGCCGC